AUGUGUUCGCAAUACUUCUACAAGUAUGACUGCGGCUGCACUCACCCCGAAGGGGAUGUUGUCUACUGCGCAAAGCGAGGAACAUCCUGCACCGGCUCCAGUCUUUGUCAAUACUACAGUGCCACGGCACGCGCAAUACUCCUCGAAUUUUGUAUUUUUGAAACACUUCGAUGUAUCCAAGCGAACCAUUUUGGAGAUUACGAGAGCUUAAUCGGGAACUAA